UCACAAAAUCAAUUCCUGUCGCUUAGUCGCCGUUGCACGGAAUUUUCAUUUCUCGGGGACUUCCGGAUCGAUUUUCCGAUCGGCGUGAUGUGGCACACGCUUGCAGAAGAGCAGAACCAGCAGUUUAAUCGUAUGUGCCAAUACUUGGGUGAAAAUCAACCCAAGGAAAUGCAGAUGGACAACGAAGCUAAUGACCACCACCCAAAGCAAGAGCGUUUGAGGACGAGAUGGACUGCAGCCCUUGAUAAGGUUUUUGCUGACAUUGUGGUUGAGCAGAUUCGGAUAGGGAACAGGACAAACAAUGUUUUUGACAAGAAAACAUGGAACCAGAUCCGUGAGGAAUUUAACAGACAGACCAAUCUCAAUUUCAAUAACAAUCAGUUGAGGAAACAUCUAGACGUUCUUAGGACACGUUAUCACAAUGUGCAAUCUGCCAUUAACCAAAAUGAUGCAAUCCAGGAUCCUGGCUACAUAGCGUUUGAUUUAUGGGAAGAUUUCGGGGCACAGUCAAAGACCGAACUAAUAAAGACCAAGGAGUGUCCUAUUUAUGAGCAACUAUGCACAAUAUUUGCUGAUUCGGGAGUGGAUGGCAAAUAUGCUCAAUCAAGCCACUACGAAGAACUCGGCAAGUCCAGUGGGACUGAUCCACCUGGUCUAGAAGGUGGGAACCCACUUCCUAAAACUCCAUCUUCAUCAAAAAAUGUUCAUGGGAAUGAAUCUUCGCCACAAAACACGAACACGGCAGAUAAAAAGAGAAAGCGUCCUUCAGACUUGGUCUCUGUAUCUGUGCAAAACAACUGGAAUCGAGAAUUAAGUGAUGGAAUGGCAAAAGCCAUUAACGAGAUGAUUGCUUCCUCAAGGCUGCGAACAGUUACAAUGCCUCAGGUUGAUAAAAAGUUCACAAUUACUAACUGCAUAAAAGCCUUGGAUGAAAUAGAAGGCAUCGAAGAUGGCCUGUACUAUCCUGCCUUGGACCUCUUUGAGAAUCCUAGUUUCAGGGAGACUUUCCUUUCUCUCAAGAGCAACUAUAUUCGGCUGACAUGGUUGCAAGGAAAAGUGCAGAAAAAGUUUGGCAAUUAUACCCCAUUAAGAAAUGCAUUCUAGAUCUAAGAAUACUGGCGGUGAAGAUCUUCAGUAGGGGACAAGUUUUUGUUUUAGGUGGCAAAUGUACAAAAUCUUUUCAACCAAUGACCGUCGGAAGGGACAAUAUGUUUGGGGGAUCGCAUGAUAUAGUACAUCAGGAUGUUACAUCUUGUCUCUUAUAGAUUGUCAAAAUCUUCGCGUACAUAAGAAUUACUUUUGAAUUGCAGUAAGCACCUAUUUUAUCAUGUCCUAGUUUCUGUUGCUCAUGUAGCCAUGCAGAAAGCUCCGUUUUCAAAUUGCUGUGUAUAAAAGGCCUUGGAUUUCUCUGUACCAGUUCAAUCUCCUAUUAGUUAGAAUGGUUUUCAAGAUUAUUACAUCGAGAAUUAUCUUUGACUGUA